UCGCUACGGUUUAAAUUUGUAGUUGUUGUGUCAUCCGUCAUUCUCGUUAUAAUAGCAAAUUUUGUUGGUCAUAAUGUAGAAGUUCAAAUUACAAGUACUGCUACCAGAAGCAUAAUUAAUUAUGCUCUCAUUUGGUUUGGGUGGUGUUUUCUAAAAUAUUUCAGUUUCCAGUCCAGUCGCACAAGGAUAAAUUCAAGACAUCAGUAUGGAGCAAAUUUUUAUGAUAGAAGUUUUUGUGAAAAAAAUCAUUCUCAAAAUAGAACCACCUGAAAAAGAUGAAUAUGAGCUUAGAAUGGAAGAAGAGGCAAGAAAACGGGAAGAAGAGGCUUUAGCUGCUCUAGCAGCCGCCCAAAAAGGUAAAAAGGCAAAAAAGCCACCGAAACCUAAAAAAGGAAAAAAAGGGAAAGAACCACCAAUGCCUUCUGAAGAAGAAAUGAAAUUCAUGCAAACAUGUACAAUGCAGAUGAAUUGUUUACCCUUGUUCGACUUUUACGUUGCUCAUGAUAAUUUCAUCGCUCCACCACCUCCAGAGCCUCCAGGUAAAAAAGGGAAAAAAAAGAAACCGCCAAAACCAAAAAAAGGUAAAAAAGCACCACCGCCAAAACUUGUUCUACCAUCAGAACCAUUGCCACAACCACCUUAUUUUGGUGUCGGGAAUUCAGUCAUGUUCAUUUCUAGACCUUCAAAGUUAGCGGAUAUGCUAAAAGAAACCCCCGUUUAUAUCACAGUAUGGAAUAGGGACCAAGAAAUGAAUUGCAUAGGUUUCUGUGUCGUGGAAUGGCACAAGUCAUUCUUCGAAUGCCUGGAAAGGUCUGCGGAAUUGAAUCCUAUUAACAUGACCGCUGCUGAAUACAGAGACACUAAAAAGCCUGAGAUGAUAACUAACACUGUGGAGCUAACACGGCCUCUGCAAUGCGAAGAGGAUUUAAAAUCUUCCGGCGAAGUCCAAUUUUUCAUUCGAUUGUCCUGUUUGGGCAAUCGACUUAUCAGCUACUUCGUCGCUUUGCCCGAAAUGGAGCGCUUACCAGGUAGAAAGUAUCUUAACGACGACUUAAAACUUAAAGAUGUAGAAGUAGUUAGACAUUGGGAAGGAACUACUAUAGAAGCAGUGCCGCCUGUGGCGUACUUUUUCGGAGCUCCUGAUAUAACUAGGGAGCCAAUUAGGCCGGUACCAGAGCCCGUUGUGUACGAAGACUUUGUUGCUCCAUUUACUAACGACGAACUGGCGAUUUUGGCUAUGGGCUUCCCAAAAGGACCUUGUGGUGGUACGAAUUGUCCUAAAAGGAUGGAUUUUAGAGGUAGCCAGCAUCAAUUUAUUCAUGGCGAAACUGUCAAAGGCAAGUACCAACAUGGAUCGUUUGUUAACAAGAGAGAUGUGCACGGUCCAUGUGGAAGACUAGAUUGUCCAUUAGCCAAAAAAGUCCGUAAAUAUAUUUGCAACGAAGGUGCCUAUAAGACUUGCAAGAAACCGUGCCCUAAAGAAUAUUAUUAAGUUGGAUUAAAUUGUAGUAUUGUUAAAAUAUAUUCUGAGUUAAAAUUAAACAUGAUAAAAAAUUAA